UGUUCAAGUGAGUGAUUAGCGCACGCACACCGCAUUAACCAUUUGUAUUUAUUGAAUUAGCUAGACUUGAAAUAUUUCUACGAAUUGUAACUUUUGAACUGAUAAAAAUUAACUCGCACCGUGAAAACCCCUAUCAGCCAACCGGGUAGUUGGCAACGCGUGCGCUACUCGCUCACUUGAACGAUCACCAGCUGUCAAAACAACAUAUCUAUAGACAUACUUCAUAUCUAUCUCGUGGACGGAUCAGAGGAGAAAUUGUAUUGUUAAGAAUUUUGUAUUUUUUGCCGGUAUACUUACCUUCCGCAUCUUCGGUCUGCCCGAAAAUUUGUAACUCGAAGCAAAAUUAAUGAACGCGAAUUGAAUACGAACCAAAUAAACCUGCGUUGUUCUCAACCUAAAUUGAAAUCAGUUCGGUGUUUUUAUUUCGUUGAGCUUACUCCAACUUAACAAAACGGGCGUUGAAACGGUCGCUCUAGUAAUAGUGCCCUAUUAGUGCCACCACGUUCCAGCCGCUGUCGUUUGCGUGUCCCCGUGCUCCAUCCAGAGCGUCCUUAGUGCGAAAACGUCCGGCAGUGCCGUACAGCCGCCAGCUACACGCCGACGUCAUUCCGACAUUUCCAGACUGCCUUCAGCGCCGCCCAGGAAAAUCAACCCAUCGCUCCCGGUUGACCACACCACCUGGCCAGCAACCCCCAGGCAUUGGCCGCUCCGCCGCCCACAACUAACGCAGGCCCCCAAGCCCUGCGAUUUGGUCCUUCGUCGCCUCCUUUUGACACCAGCCCGCAACACUCCAGGCGGAUCAUCUUCAUCAACCACAUAAGUACCCAAAGCCCAAAUAAAGCCGCGUGAAUGGAUUCAGCACCCACACCAGCACCAAGAACUUCACUCCGCUCGCAGGUGUUUGUGGCCGCUAGCGACCGCGGGGGGCGCCCAAGCCCUGAUUAUCAGAAGUGCCGAGUUUGCGCGCGUCACCACGCGCUACGAACAUGCCCGCUCUUUAGAAGGAUGCAGCCAGCGCAGCGGUACUUGUUGGCGCGGGCCCAUAACUACUGCACCAACUGUCUGGCACUGUCGCACGCUACCAGCGAAUGCACAUCCCAGAUCACGUGCAGGAUAUGUGCACUGCCGCACCACACGAUGCUUCAUCGGGCCCCGCCGCCACCACAGCCACAUCGCCGUACCACCGCACCUCCAACUCAAACACCUCCGACACCGGCCUCCCGCUCAAACGCUCGCGAUCGUCGCAACCCACCUACCCAGGCCGCUACCCAUCGCUACAAUCCGACUGCAGCCACCAUUCCACAACCACGCACCGUCAAACGUUCGGCAACAGGGCUCCAUACCGCUGCAUUCCGAGAAAAGAUGGCAAAUCGGCUUAUGGAUGAGGCCAUUAGAGCGCUGGAGCAGCUGAAAGUGGCACUAGCCGUCUAGCGCGCCUAGGCGGGGCAGGAUGUUCAAGUGAGUGACUAGCGCACGCACACCGCAUUAACCAUUUGUAUUUAUUGAAUUAGCUAGACUUGAAAUAUUUCUACGAAUUGUAACUUUUGAACUCAUAAAAAUUAACUCGCACCGUGAAAACCCCCAUCAGCCAACCGGGUAGUUGGCAACGCGUGCGCUACUCGCUCACUUGAACGAUCACCAGCUGUCAAAACAACAUAUCUAUAGACAUACUUCAUAUCUAUCUCGUGGACGGAUCAGAGGAGAAAUUGUAUUGUUAAGAAUUUUGUAUUUUUUGCCGGUAUACUUACCUUCCGCAUCUUCGGUCUGCCCGAAAAUUUGUAACUCGAAGCAAAAUUAAUGAACGCGAAUUGAAUACGAACCAAAUAAACCUACGUUGUUCUCAACCUAAAUUGAAAUCAGUUCGGUGUUUUUAUUUCGUUGAGCCUACUCCAACUUAACAAAACGGGCGUUGAAACGGUCGCUCUAGUAAUAGUGCCCUAUUAGUGCCACCACGUUCCAGCCGCUGUCGUUUGCGUGUCCCCGUGCUCCAUCCAGAGCGUCCUUAGUGCGAAAACGUCCGGCAGUGCCGUACAGCCGCCAGCUACACGCCGACGUCAUUCCGACAUUUCCAGACUGCCUUCAGCGCCGCCCAGGAAAAUCAACCCAUCGCUCCCGGUUGACCACACCACCUGGCCAGCAACCCCCAGGCAUUGGCCGCUCCGCCGCCCACAACUAACGCAGGCCCCCAAGCCCUGCGAAUAUAUAUGUCAUUGUCUCCAUUUUCGUCUUUAUCU